UCCUUUCUAUCUUUUUCAUUGCCCCUUCCUCUCCAUCUCAUAAAAGCUAGUGCUACAUCACUUAAUGAAGCGGCAAAAGUUGUCUCAUUUAAAUAAGCGUUUGCUUCCUCGUCACCAUCAUUAUAUAAUGGUGCAGUUGCUGAAUAGCAAGGUGUCAAAUAUGGCCUGGUGAUAUUUUGUCAAAAACUUCGGGUAUUCGAGACAGUAUAUCGAAGUGCAAAUUUGUGGGCCAUCUUUUAAAGCAAGGGCUUUUUCGCGUAGCUAACCGACUUUUGAGAUUUUUGCCGACCUCUUGAAAAUGAUGACGACGACGGAUGUGAUGUCGGAGCCGAGAUCGGACAAUGAAUCGGCGGAUUUUAGCGGUGAUAAUAUGUCAGGAGAUGACAUGGACGAAAGAGCAUCACUAGACUCUUGUCGUGAUGAUCAACAAUCACCGUUAUCAGUGUCAUCACCACCCCUUCAUCCUCAUCAUCACAACGAAAAUUUUCACCAUCUUCAUCAUCAUCAUCUUCAUCACAACAAUCAUCACUUUGAACACAACUUUCCUGUUGGUCACGCACCUGUCUUGAUACCCACACCACACCAACACCUCAUCGAUCACCGAAACGAAAGUCACCCAGCAUCAUCUUCGAGCACAACCAGGGCUUCGUUUUCCAUCGCAAACAUCCUCAGUGGUGAUCAUACUUCAACAUCGAACUCGAAAACCGAAUCAAAACUUGACAACGAUAUCACAGACAAGAACAACAAUAAUAACGAAUCAAGAUUAGAGCGUUCUCAUGGAAAAUCUGAAAAUGAGGACUUGUCGAAAUCAAAAUCGUCAUCAACACCAACUCGUGGCGUGGUCAGACCUGAAAGGGAAGGUGGAGUUGGUGUAGGUUUGGUGAGACCGACAGCGGUGCGCGAGCUCGGGCCCGUUCCACCCGUUGGCCCGAUGAUGCCGAAUGGUCUGAACGUAUCGCCGCUAGCAUCUCCGCUGGCUGAAUACCACUACCAGCUAGGUGUACCUCACUCAUUGACGGCAGCGGCUGCUACUCCGUGGUCACCCUGGUGUCAGCCCGCUGGCUUCGGAAGGCCUCCCGUAUCAGGUCCUAAACCAGUUGGAAGAAGACCGAGGAAGCCGGGAGUUGAUCGGAAACCCCGACAGGCCUAUUCAUCCAAACAACUUGAACGACUUGAAGAAGAAUUCAAAGCUGACAAGUACCUGAGUGUAAGCAAGAGGUUGGAGCUGAGCAUGUCACUCAAUCUCACUGAGACACAGAUUAAAACAUGGUUCCAGAACAGACGGUAA